CUGCGGCGGACAAUCUGUCCGUGAACUCGAGUAGUUGAGUAAAUAAAGAAAAGGUUGAGAAGUAAAGGGAAGGGAAAAGGUCACCGGAGAGCGAAAGAGACUGCAAGGAAGAGGACGAAAAGGAGUUGAAAGAGAGACGAGAUCAAUGACUCUGGGUCUGAUCAAUGCUAACCCAAUCGUCCACGCUAAGAAGGAAAGGGUCGCCCGAUGCGAAGAUCCCCACUGCGACGACGCCGUCGAUCCACUCGAUAUCUAUGAUAUCCUUUCUUUCUUUUCUUUCCCCCGCAAAUCGCUUCUCGUUUCCUGAUGUGGGUUUCCCUUUGAUUGGAUUGAGUCGUGCAAUUUUUCUGUCUGUUUCUUUCCUUUUUGUCAUGAACUGAUUCCGAUUAGUGGGGAACUGAAAUGGCGAUCCUUGACUAAAAGUUGACAAAUUUCGUGAGGGAUAUUAGAGAUCCGGAGCACCCGUAUUCACUGGAGCAGCUCAGUGUAUUGUCGGAGGAAUCCAUUACAGUGGAUGAUAAGCUUGGUCGCAUCCUGUGAGUCUUUCUGCCUGCUGCUAACUUGAAUCGAAUAAGGAGGAAAUGUUAUCCAAAAUAUGAAAGAGUUUCUCCUACUUAGAGCUGAGUUGAUUUGUUGUGCGAUUUAUUCAUCUGGGUAGUUUAGAUUCAGACUUCUAUGCUCUUGCCAUGGAUGUUCUUAAGUAGUGAGUGGGUGUUGUGUCUUUGGUGUUGUUCUAUAGGAUUACAUUCACCCCAACCAUUCAGCAUUGCAGCAUGGCGACUGUAAUUGGUCUAUGCCUUAGAGUGAAGCUACAAGAAUGUUUCCCUCCUCAUUACAAGGUUGACAUAAAAGUUUCCCCUGGAUCUCAUGCAGAUGAAGAAGCAGUGAAUAAGCAGUUAAAUGACAAGGAAAGAGUUGCUGCUGCCUUAGAGAAUCCUAAUCUCCGCCAACUCGUCGAUGAGUGUCUUUACUCAAAUGAGCUGUGAGCCUGUGACCCUACAAAUAUUGAUGGAACUUAAACUGCCUUCCAAAAGUUGUUGUACAGAGUAACUCCUGAGGCCUGAAUGCUGAUAAGUUGUAGUGUAGAAGAUGAAUGUUGUUAAAGUUGUGGCAUAGUAUACCUACCAAGCAUGAUUACUGCUAAGUUUUAGAACCGUGUUUUAACUACUGAAUAUGAAUGCUGUUAAGUUGUGAUGCAGUGCUUUUAUCUUGGCUCUUCAUGGAUUAAUGCUUACAGAAUUGCCAAUUCAUUACGUACAAAGAACGUAAGAAGAAUAGAGUUUCUUGUACCAUAAGCUACUUCCGUCACGUAGACUUAUGCUUUGGAAUUUCUGUUCAUGUUGUCGUAGCAUCCGAAUCCUACAUCUGAUUUUCCAUGAGUUAGUUCACCCCAUUCUAAUUUCAAUAUGCAGUGGGCUGCUUGCAAGUUGCAAGUGCUUGCUAAGCCUUUCUGGCUCGGAGCCAAAACUUCUCUUCCUUUCGGUUAGGCGAGAUACCAAUUGUAUGCCUGAAUUAUGUCAAAGGGAAAUUCUGAUUGAGAUUUCAAAUCUACCAUGCUUACAAUCGAAAGAGGCGAGUAGGAGAGAAACACAUCAAGAAGGGAAAGAGCAUAGAGUUGAGGAAUAUUUAGAGAUAAACUGUCUUCUAUCCGCAUAUAAUAAUAACUGUUAAACAAG